AGGUGAAAUAAAUUCAGUCAAUUUUAUCACGAAUGAUAGCAACAGCGGCCGAGAAAUGGCUAACAAUAGUCAAAACUCGAUAGUUUCAGCGGGUCUUCAGGAACAACACUUGCAGUUUCAACAACAACUCAUUCAACUCAAACAACAACAACAACUACAACAACAACUAUUACUCCAACACUUCCAACAACAACAGCAACAGUUGGCCGAACAGCACGAAAAGCAGCUCCAGGAAAGGAUCAGGGAAUAUUUAGAGCAGCAAAAGCAAUACGAAGAGGAACAGAGGGUUGAGAAGGAAAGGGUUGAAAAGGAGAAGUUGGAGGCACUGAAGAAGAAGGAAAAGCACGAACAAAGCGCUAUCGCUUCGUCUGAAGUGAAACAACGACUCCAAGAGUUUGUUUUGAGCAAAAAACAGAGAGAAGCGGCCGCAGCCAACAGUGCCAACAACUCGCCGCCCACUCCCGGC